UGUAAAGCUUAUUCGUUUUAUUUGUACUGAAAAAUUCUUGGGUGAAAAAAGUUAUCAGUUGCAGCAACUUAAUCCAUCUCCUACCUUCAUUUAGGGAAAGGGAAAAAAUUUAAGGGAGGGUUUUAGGUUCGGGGGGAUUUUGGGAUGAAAGACCAAUUGAAUUCGGAUCUGUUUGACCCGAGAAAUGAAAUGGACUCGGAUUACUCCCGUGGUUCCGCCGGUUCUGGUGGUGAUUUCGGUUUCGCUUUCAACGAUAGUAAUUUCUCCGACCGACUUCUUCGGAUCGAGAUUAUGGGAGGGCCAUCCGAUUGUCUUCCUGAUGGAGAAGGUUGUACCAGUAUCGCCGAUUGGGCUCGACACCGUAAACGGCGCCGAGAGGAUAUGAAGAAGGAAAAUGUUUUGGAUCUUAGUUUAUGCCCUGAGGAGCAGGUUUUUAAUGACGGCCAACCAGAUAUGGACGAUGCUGCAGGCUGUGAAAAUCAAGAUGAGGAGGCGGUGGCGAUGGUUGAAGAAACACAAUCAGGUGAUGAGGAUGCUAAUAGCAAUGAAUCGAGCUGGAAUAUGGAUUGUUCCACCGUUCUGAGAGUUAAAACAUUGCAUAUUAGCUCUCCCAUUUUAGCCGCAAAAAGCCCGUUCUUCUACAAACUUUUCUCAAAUGGGAUGAGAGAGUCAGAGCAACGGCAUGUUACCUUAAGAAUCAAUGCCUCUGAGGAAGCUGCUCUCAUGGAACUUUUGAAUUUUAUGUAUAGCAACACCUUAUCCGUAACCACAGCUCCUGCCUUGCUCGAUGUGUUGAUGGCUGCUGAUAAAUUCGAGGUUGCUUCUUGCAUGAGAUAUUGCAGCCGGCUAUUGCGCAAUUUGCCUAUGACACCAGAGUCAGCUCUGCUUUAUUUGGAUCUUCCAUCAAGCGUAUUAAUGGGUGAAGCUGUCCAGCCAUUGACUGAUGCUGCUAAACAGUAUCUUGCUUCCCGUUACAAGGAUAUGACCAAGUUCCAAGAAGAGGUAAUGGCUUUGCCGCUAGCUGGGAUUGAGGCAAUAUUGUCCAGUGAUGAUCUCCAAAUUGCAUCUGAAGAUGCUGUGUACGACUUCGUUUUGAAGUGGGCCAGGACUCAGUACCCAAAACUCGAAGACCGAAGGGAAGUUCUCGGUUCACGCCUUGCACGCUUUAUCCGUUUCCCUUAUAUGACUUGCAGGAAACUUAAGAAGGUGUUAACAUGUAAUGAUUUUGAUCACGAAGUUUCAUCAAAGCUUGUCCUCGAGGCCCUCUUUUUCAAAGCUGAAGCCCCACAUAGACAACGAAGCUUGGCAGCAGAAGAAUCAGCCACCUUGAACCGUCGUUUCAUCGAGCGAGCUUACAAAUACCGACCCGUUAAAGUAGUGGAAUUCGAACUUCCCCGUCAACAAUGCGUCGUAUAUCUAGACCUCAAGAGAGAGGAAUGUGCAAACUUGUUCCCAUCAGGACGUGUGUAUUCUCAAGCAUUCCACCUCAGCGGACAAGGCUUCUUCCUAUCGGCUCAUUGCAACAUGGACCAACAAAGCUCGUUCCAUUGCUUCGGGUUAUUUCUAGGAAUGCAGGAAAAGGGUUCGGUUAGUUUUGCGGUGGAUUACGAAUUCGCAGCAAGGUCGAAACCAACAGAGGAAUUUGUCAGCAAAUACAAAGGCAACUACACAUUCACCGGGGGCAAAGCUGUUGGGUAUCGGAAUUUAUUCGCUAUACCAUGGACAUCGUUCAUGGCUGAAGACAGUCUUUAUUUCAUAAAUGGUAUUCUUCAUCUUAGAGCUGAGUUAACCAUCAGGCACUAAUCAACUCUUUUGAUGUAAUCUUUGGUCAAUUUACAUUUUAGCUGCACUAACUCCGCCAUUUUCAUCUGUUAUUUCAGUUUGACCCCUGCAAAAUUCAAAUAUGUACCAAGUAGGACAAUGGGUUAGAUCUGGGUUUAUUUUUAAUAUCAUCAAUUUGCUUGAAA